UGCGUCUCGGUGUGCUCAAAUAGGAAGGAAAUGUUUUUUUUGUUUCUUCAAUUUUCGGUAGUGGCUGUGGCUGAAGAAGAUGGAGGCUUCACGGAGCGACGAAUCCAAUCUGAGCCCUAACCGCGAUCGGAGAUCAAAUCCGAAUCCGGUUCAUAACUCUAUAAUCUCUUCAGCGCAGGUUUGGCCAACGAUCGACGGUCCGUUGGGGUUAACGGAGGAAGCAUCGGUGGAUUACGCGCGUCGAUUCUACAAGUUCGGAUUCGCUCUCUUGCCGUGGCUCUGGGCUGUCAAUUGCUUCUACUUCUGGCCUGUUCUCCGUCACUCUCGGGCUUUCCCUCAGAUCCGAAACUAUGUUGUUAGGUCAGCAAUUGGGUUUAGUGUCUUCACAGCUCUUCUUUCAGCGUGGGCUUUGACAUUCUCCAUAGGGGGGGAAGAGCUUUUUGGACCUGUUUGGGAUAAGUUGGUUAUGUACAACGUUGCUGACCGUCUUGGCUUGGCUGGCUUGGCUUAGCUCUCUCCCACUCUCUCGUUUAUCUUUGACAUGCAGAAACUGAAAGAUCUCAAGGGGCCCUUCUUAUGUUUUCUUAUGUGAGCAUUACUUGUUUAAUGAAAAUUGAUGAGAUCCAUGUUGUGAAUAUAAAAUGGAGUUUGAACAUUAUGUUAAGGCAAAUAGUUCUCAAGAGAUGUUUCAUAUAUUUCUUGAUCGAAUUCAAAUCA